AUGCCCAUCGAUUACUCUCUCAUUUGGAGCAAAAUUGUUGAAUUUGAUGGAUGGAUUUGGGGGUUAACGAAUGAGAUUGAUCCCAAUGGUUUGAAUGUAUAUGGGUCAAGACCAAAAGAUAGAGGGGCCCAAGCCACGGGUGUUUCAAUAGGUUCAUUUCUAGUCCAAAACGGUUUGGCUGAUUUGUCAUUACCCUAUUGUUUAAAAAAUAACACAAAUACCCUUUUGGCUAUGCCAAAUUUUGCCCAAAUUGAGGCUUUGAUUCAAGCUUAUUCACCAAUAAUUUAUUUUCACCCUGAUGAAAAAUAUCUUCCUUCUACGGUUAAUUGGUACUUUGAAAAUGGAGCAUUGUUGUACCAAAAAGGGUUAGAAAGUAAUCCUAACCCGAUUGAACCAAAUGGUUCGAAUCUUCCUCAAGGUGGUUCGGAUGAUGAUUCAUAUUGGCUAGACCUUCCCAUCGAUGAUUCAGCUAAAGAUAGAGUCAAGAAAGGUGAUCUUGACAACGCUAACGCAUAUUUCCACAUAAAGCCCAUGUUUGGUGCAACAUUUACAGACAUAGCCAUAUGGGUAUUUUACCCGUUCAACGGACCCGCAAGGGUGAAAUUGGAAUUUCUCACCAUUUCACUAGGCAAAAUAGGGCAACACGUUGGUGAUUGGGAGCAUUUGACAUUAAGGAUCAGUAAUUUCGACGGCAGUUUAAAAUAUAUCUAUUUUUCAGAACACAGUGGAGGUACACUGCUUGAUGCUUCGCAAAUCGAAUUUGGAAAUGGAAAUAAACCGGUUGCAUAUGCGUCUUUAAACGGGCAUGCGUUUUACUCCAAACCGGGGCUUGUUUUACAAGGGAAGGGUGGAAAUGGGAUACGAAAUGAUACGGCUAAAGGGAAGGCGGCGAUGGAUACCGGAGUUAGGGCGGCGGUGGUGGCGGCGGAGUAUUUGGCCAUGGUUGAGGAACCACCGUGGUUAAAUUAUAGUAGAAAAUGGGGUCCAAAGGUAAGUUAUGAUAUCGUAAAGGAGAUAGAGAAAGUGAAGAAGGUUUUGCCAGGGAAACUAAAGGAAGUAUUUGAGAAAGCUGUAAGUGGCGUUCCAAAUGAAGUUUUAGGGGAAGAAGGUCCUUCUGGUCCUAAAAUGAAAAAUAAUUGGAAUGGAGAUGAGAAAUAUUGA